UUUAACGAUAGUUUUAUAAACAAUCACAGGCUAACUGAGUGACUGGGAAACCUCUAUCGGUUAUUACCCAGGGUUUUAAUACUUUAAAAAAUGCAAGACCAUUCCACACAAUUUGUGAGGUGUAAAACAUCUGGUUGAGUAGAGACUAACCAACAGUUGCUUGCGGGCAUGCUGGGUUGUUUAAGUUGUUAAUUGGAAGCUAUAUCUGACUUUUAUGAGAGACGGAGGCCUCGUGCUUCUUCAGCGCCAACUUUAUAAACUACUGGGAACUACACUCUCUAGAAUUGAAAUGACUGAAGCUCCUAUCCUGGUUUUCACAUACGGCACGUUAAAGAAGGGUCAACCCAAUCAUGGGCUGAUGCUAAACGCGGAAAACGGAUCAGCUAUUUUCGUCGGAAAGGGAGUAAUUGCCAACCAUUAUCCUUUGAUAAUUUCAUCUGCGUAUAAUAUACCUUUCCUGCUACUGGAAAAAGGCUCUGGAGAGAAGGUUGACGGAGAGGUGUAUAAAGUUGACAGUAAAAUGCUAUUGGAGCUUGGCCUGGAAAACCAUCCUUAUCUUUACGAACGCUACUUGACAACGAUUCAGUUGACCGAAGACGAGGCAGGCGCCCCCCUCCCAGUUCCCAAGACAAUCGAAUGCUGGUGUUACUUCCUGACUAAGUUCAAAGACUCACUUCUGAAUCUCCAUUUGAAGUCUUAUGAUGCAAAUGGAUCUCAUGGUUUGAAAUACAAAGCAAGCUAUGAUAGGAAAGCAUCUGAUUAUGAUUUAAUGGUUGAUGUAAAGCAAGUGGGAAAAAUAAACCAGGUCUAA